AAGAAUAUCAAGGCCGGCUUCGCUGCAAGCGGCCUGUUCCCGUUUAAUCCAGAUAGGGUGCUCCGAAGUAUGCCCGCCCCAGCCGAACCAGCCAUUCCAAGCACAGAUGAGGUAAAGGUAUGGACUUGUCGGCAAGACGUAGAACCACAAACGCCUGUGACGCCAGUGUCAGUAGAGUCUUUUAUGUCGCUAGGGAACCUGAUUAUCCAACAGGAUGCUCAUGCGCUUGAUGAAACGAGCAAACAGAACCUAGUAAGGCACUUACAGAAAUGUACUAAAGCUUUCAAGAAAUCCUCUGCUCUGGGCGUCCUCCAAGAGGACCGGAUUCAACUCUUGACCACAAUCAACAACGAAGCCAAGGUUCGACGAUCGACCAAGUCAUUGGUGCUAGGCAAGGCGAAGGUCAUGAGCUAUGAGGACCUCGAGGAAGCACGAGCGAAGCGUGUCGUAAAAGACGCUGCCAAAGCAGCUAAAGGUAAGGGUAAACGUGGUCGGAAGUGCAAAAGUGCCACGCCAGAGGCAGAGGAAGCCACCGCAGACAAGGUGAAACGGGGUCGGAAGCGCAAAAGUACUGUGCUAGAGGCAGAGGCAGAGGAACCAGAGCCAGAACCAAAUCCCAAGAUAGCGCGGAUGAGAAAAGCGCUAGCAUCAUCGAGAGCCUUAGUGAUGGAAACACCGAUUGCGGAAGAUGAGAUUGUGCCAGAACUAAGGAGAGCUCCAGUAGCCCCAGUAGCGAAGAUGUGGUAG